AUGGCUGCCAAUCGGAAUAGCAAUGCAAAUCAUGAACUGUCCUUGUGUCAGCCAUGCUUGAAUAUGGAUACAAUAACAGAUGCCAAUAUUUUUUGUCGAACUUGUAACGAAUUUCAGUGUAUGGAUUGUUCAAAAGUUCAUGAAACACACACCUUCCUGAGAAGUCACACAUUAGUGGAUGCGAAUGAUUCAAACAUCGCACAAACAAAAUUUGAUAUGAAAGGUAUAGAUCAAUGUAUUCUGCAUCAGAGGGAUUUAGAGUAUUUUUGUGAAGAUGAGGAAAAGCUUUGUUGCAGUACUUGCGCUAUUGUAAAUCACCGUAAAUGUCAAAGUGUUGUAGACGUCAAGGCUGUCGUUGAGUCAGACCGUAAAAGGUCAUAUGCAAAGGUCAAAUUACAGGAAGUUAAAGAGAAGGCAGAAAAAAUUAUAAAUAACGUAGUCUGCUCUAAAAGGAAACUUGAAGAAGAUGUUACAGACAUACCAGUAAAAAUAAAGAAAAGGCGGGAUGAAGUAAAUAAAAUGUUCGACGAAUUAGAAAUGUCCAUUGUUAAACAAGCUAAAUCUUUACAGACAGAAACAUUUGUAAAGCUUACAACAAAGCAGACACAGAACGAGAAGUAUCUAGCCGAUAUAACAACGUGUCUAAAAACAAUUGAUGAAGUAUAUGAGAAUGGAACUUCGAUUGAGCAGUUUAUUGUGGAGGAGAAAAUGAAGGAAGAGAUCAACUUACUUCACACAAAUGUCGAUGCAGAAUGCAAAGGCUUAGAGACAAUGACGGUAAACUUUGCGUUUGACGAAGUAUUUAACCUGCCACCACUUCCUUUCGCUGAUUAUGUUUCAGGACAACUGAGUUUGAGAUCACAUCUGUCAGAGACUGCCGGCAUUAUAACACCUGUUGACAAAGCAAUUAAUAUAACACCGGUAUGCUGUGUUGAUUUAAAGCAAAGUAAAGAUGACGAAGGCGAACCGUUUUAUACAGGGAUAGAUUUUCUACCAGAUGGUAGACUAGUUGUUGUGGAUAAUACAAACAAGAAAUGCCUAGUAUACAAUGAGAAGCUUGAGAAACUAGGAUCAUAUCAGUUAUCUUACAAGCCACUAUCUGUUGUUGCCAUAUCUGAUGAGGCAGUAAUGAUUACAAGUGGAAAUGCAUUGAGGUUAGACAUUUUACGUGUAAAUAAAUCAAAUCAGAUAAUUUUAAAUAGAACAAAAAUGGUAACCACAAAAUAUGACUCGAUAUGUGUAAACGAUGAAGAAAAUUUUGUCGGAGGAACAUAUGACCAUUCAAGACCAGUUCGUAUUAUAUCAUUAACAGGAAAUGAAAAAGAUAUCAAUGCAAACUUCCCCAAAAAGAUAUAUCCAAUAGAAGCAAGUGCGUGUACUUAUGAUAGGAAUACUGAGAAACUGACACUCACAGAUAAAUACGAGCAUACUGUGUACAUAUAUGAUACCAAGACAAACACGAGAGUCGUGGUGAAGGAUGAUAAGAUACAGGAGCCACGUGGUGUGACAGUUGGACCAUUGGACACUAUUUUUGUUUGUAGUAAAAACACACACUCCAUUGUGCAGAUUUCUCAAACCGGUAGAAUCGUAUCGUCACACAAGACGGAUAUGGAAUAUCCAAGAACAAUCUGUAUAUCAAGAGACAAAUCAUUUCUUGUUGUAUCAAACGCAUGUAAUGGCAAGAGAAAAUUACAGAAGUUACAAGUAACAUAUUGA